UGUCUUUAUAUAUGCCUAUAUACAUUUAUGCACUCACAUACAUAUCUUCUAACAUGUUCUUAGUUACUCAUGCCCCUCUAAAUUCAGAACUUUUGAGGGCUGCAAGUCACGUGAUAGUUGUGCUGGUGGGGGAACAGAAGCAACAAAAGCUUAAAGGAGCCGAGUAAUUCUCUUUUGAAAAAAAUCUCUGAUUUAUUUACUUCUUUAUUCAUUCAUUUCAGUGUGUUUUCAUCCUAUCACACCACAACAGGAACUUAACUGAUAUAGCUGCCAAGUUCCAAUGUCUGUUAUGGUGGUAUGCUGUCAGUUCCUUAAUUCUUUAUCUCUCCUUGUUGCUUUACGCUGCUUGUGGGAUUUGUAGAAAAUUUCUACUACAAUGGAUGAGGAAAAGAAAGGAGAUGUAUUGCUAGGAGUUUUACUACUUUUAUUUACGUUUGGAUUACCUACUGUCGUCGCUAGUGAUUGUGCAAAACACAAUCAAAGUCUCGACAUUGCAGCCAGGAUCUCUGAAAAUGGUAGUGAUAUCAACUGUGGAGACAAGCAUGUGAUUUUCAUUUCAGACGUUCAAGCUGAUGGCAUUUUGCUGGAACCUGUUCAAGAACACUGUGGCACCAAUCAUACAUGUGACAUAACACAAGUGUAUGGUGAAUCAUAUGUAGAGUACUAUUGUGUUGAUGAAUCUUUAAUCCUGGGUUGUGAAGAAAUUACAUCAAAGCACAAAGUAGUGAAAGAGGAUUUUGAUGUGCGAUGCUACAAGUAUACACAGCACAAGUUCAAAGAUUCAAUAUAUCCGUGUGGCAUAAUUCCUAACAAAUUUGCUAAUAAUAGAUGGCUAAUACUUCAAAGCCAAAGAGUUCAUGUAAAAACAUGCAAGGACUGUGAUACAGACAUGCAUCCUUACUAUCAGUAUAACAUUCCCAAUAAAAAUAUUGCAGAUGGAGAUUAUUUACAAACAAUUUUCUAUGAUUGUGACAAAGUGAUUUGGUUCUUACAUGUUAAUUCUGAUGACUGUGAAGGAAUUUUCAAAGAAUUCUUUUUGAAGACAAAUUCUGGUAAUCCAAAGUUUAACGAAAAUGAAGCAGUUGAAGAGAACAUUACAGGUAGCUACCCUACAGAAGUUGAAACCAUUUCUCAUUACGUUGACACCACUUCCUUCUUGCCUUCUCAAGAAGUAUCCUCUCUUCCUGGUUUCUACAAUGUUGAUAAAAGGAUGUUUCCACGAGAAAUUGUCAAUUACUUAACAAUAGGAAUUGCUGGUGGACUAACACUCAUCACUUUAACAGUGUGUUUUAUUGUCAUUUUGAGAAGACCAAAGCAAAAAUCUGUGGCAGCUCCGCCAUCUUCAGCAACUGGUUUAUAUGGUUGUACUCACCUUCCUGAGAAUUUUGAUGCUGCUUCACCAGAGGAAGAGAAUACUUAUUUUACUGUUGAAGCUGAUGAUGAGAUUAUUCAGAAAAAAGUUGAGGAAAACACUUACAAUUGUAUUGAUGAAGUUAAAGGGUCAAACCAGGAUCCUGUUGUUGAGCGCUACAGUAAAUUAAGGAGUCCAAGGACAGUGUUAGAGAAAAUACCCUCUUUGACUAUCAAAGACAACUAUGAUCAAAUUGUUGAAGAAAUGGUUCAGGGUAGAAUGAAUUCCACCUGUCCCAGAAUGAAGAAAGUAAAACCGAAUGGAUCUCUGAGAAAAACAGGUAGCCUUCAUCGGCAGGCAUCAAAAGAUUCAACAGCAAAGCCAGGUUCUCAAGAAGUUAAUGAGGCUAUAGUAUAUAAAGAAGUUCCAUGUUAUCAAUGUUCUUCUCUGUCUCCAGAAUAUUUUGACCGUGCCCUUCCAUCAGCUCCUCUGAUGGAAAGUGACAGUGCAUCAGAGCCUGAUGCAAUUUAUGAGAGAGUUGAUGAUUUACUCACUUCUGAUCAGGACAGGAACAACAGUCAGGUUAAUGACAUUUAUGAAACUGUUACAGAGCCAAAUGAAUUAAAAAGUCAGUAUUCCACAUUCCAAAGGCAAACAGAUGGUAACGUUGGUGAAAAUAACUCACAAAACAACUCUUUAAAACUAGAUAAUAAACCUGCAAUUGCCAAUGGUAAUCUUCAGCCACCAAGAAUUUAUGACCAUAUCUGUGACAAAUGGAACAACACAGAUAAGCCACUUCAUCUCAUUCCAUCUGAUGAAUAUGUAUAUACACAGUUACAAGAUGACACUACACUAGGGUCAUAAAUUGAUUAAGUGACAAAGGAAUUUCAUGACUUAAAGCAGCUCUGUCUUGAAAAAUAGGUUUUGUUCACUUCUCUCAAAACCAAGAAGCAUCAACACAAACAAUGACAACCAUUUACAUUUGCUGAGUUAUGAAGGAAUUUUUAAAUAUGGAAUAAAAAGUUAAUUUUUUUUUCUCAUAUUUUGGGUUGGGAAAUAUUUUGUUAUAUUUAAUGCUUAUGAUAAUAUCAUUUUUUACUAUUUCUUUUUGCAUAUAUUUUAUCAUAAAAUUUCUAUUUAAUUAUAUACCAAACCAAAUUUUGGCCCAGUUGUACCUACAGAUCUUAGAAUAAUAUUUCUUUUAAGAUUUGCAAUUUUUUUAUGUCAAAUUCAUUUUUGAAGUAACUUUUCUUAAAAUUAUUGAAGACAUUUCUUUCACAUUUGUACGAACACAAUUUAUAAUAUUCUUUUGUCAUAUUUAGUUAUCAAAGAUGUCAUAUUGACAAAGUGAAGACAAGUAUUUUGUUUAUUAACACACUUUUAUACUAAACAUGUUUUUCUUCUUAAAACAUAAUGACUUCAGUUUUUUUUUAUUAUAUAUCAUUGGAAAUACUUCACUCCAUAUUUUUGAUUUGGUUUGAAUUAGAUGAUUUUUUUUUUCCUGAUUUUAAAACAAAAGAAUAUAAUAAAGAAAGAGUGUGUUACACUCCCAUUUCAAAAGGCAGAUGUUCUUGACUAUAAUGUUUCAAUGUGAAUUAGAUGUCAGUAAGAUACUGUGGCAUAAGAUUUAAAGAGUAAGAAGAUAAGCAAAAAACUCAUGAAUAUUUCUGAAUACAAUGUAAUAAAAGGUGAUUUAUUAUUACUAUUAUUAUUAUCAUCAUCAUCAUCAUUAUUGUUUGAUUGCAUUUAAUGGAGUGGGGAUGCAUUUCUAAUACAGUCUGAGGAGAUAAAUAUAUUUGACUGCAAGACAGUCAAAGUUAAAGGUCUUGUUUCAAUUUCUGAUGAAAUAAAUGUUUCUUUUGUACAA